AAAAAGUCAAAACGCAUACAAGUCAACAAGUUUAUUUACCAAAUGAUUUGCCGUUUUUUACAAUUUAAUUAAUAAAAAUAGUAAAUUUAGAACAUGGCUAAGUUUUCGUUAAAAGACUCCGACGAGUAUUAUCUAUCGCUGUCGGAGCAGCCGAAGAGAUUUGACGCCGACAGCCCCGUUACUAAUGUUUUCUUUGACGACACAAAUGGACAGGUUUUCACUGUAAGAUCAGGGGGUGUGACGGGAGUCACUGUGAACGGAAUGGAUGACUCAAAAUGCACAUCCUUCAGGAUGGAAGACAAGGGACCGAUUAUAUCAAUAAAGUUCUCACCUGACCACAAAAUACUUGCAAUACAAAGAAACAUCGAGGGUCAGAAUGCCACAGUGGAAUUUGUUAACUUCAAAGACCUGGCCCCUACGAAUAUUGAGUACACACACACUUGCAAAUGGAAGAACGCUAAGAUAUUAGGCUUUGUAUGGCCAAGAGCAAGUGAAAUAGCUUUUAUUACUGAUCAUGGCAUAGAGCUGUUGCAAGUUUUGCCAGAUAAGAAACAAUUGAAGACUUUAAAGAGUACUAGUUUUAGUGGUGCAUGGUUUUCGUGGUGUGCUCAAAGCAACAUCAUAUUACUGGCAGGCAACAAUGGUGCACUGCUUCAACCCUUCUCCCUCAACAGCUCCACCAUCACAAAGCUGCAGAAGUUAGAAGUGGAGUGGUCUCGGCCUGUGAUGGAGCGCGACGUGUUCGUGCUGCGGCUGUGCGGAGCGGCGUGGUGCGCGCUGUUCCGGCAUGCGGCCGCCGCGCCCACCGUGUCCGGCCCUACUGAGGUGUGGUUGAUGCCCAUAUCGGGCGGGGGCAGCGUCCAACACGUGCUCAAGACCGGGCUGACGGGGCGCUUCGCCGUCAGCGUCGUGGACCACCUGCUGGUCAUCCACCAUCAGUCCAGUCAAACGUCACAGAUUUUCGACAUCAUGGAAGAGGCGAAGCCCGAGAACAACGUGGUCAUGCAUCUGCCGCUGGUGCAGGGGGUGUCCAUGAGACCCGCCUCCGUGGACGACCAGCCGUGCCCCAUGUACUCUGGCAACUGGGUGGUGUUCCAGCCGGACUACGUCAUCGACGCGCGGCUCGGCUGUCUGUGGCGCGUGCAGCUGCUGCCCGCCGGCCUCGCGCACUCGGUGCUCAAAGACGACGUCCCGCGCGUGGUGGCGGCGCUGCUGCGGCGGCGCGCCGGCCGGGACACCAUCUACCGCGUGCUCAACCAGCUGGUGGCGCACGCCGGCACCUACCUCGUCGAGCUCACCAAGUGCUUCGACGAAAUCAACUCUGUUUAUAGGCGGUGGGCGGACGCGGAGGUGGCGCGCAACACGGCGGGCGCGGGUGCGGCGCACGGGCGCGCGCACUUCCCCGUGCUGCUGGCGCAGGCCGACGUGUGCGCGCACGUGCUGGCGCCGCGCGCCGACGAGCCGCACCUCGUGGCCGCGCUCACGGCCUACCUGGCGUCGCUGGCGCGCCACGCGCUGCCCGCGCAGCCCGACGCGGCGGCGCUGGCCGUGCGCGCGCUGCUCACGCGCGGCGCCGGCGCCCGCCUGCGCGCGCUCGUGCGCCGCGGCUGCCUGGGCGACGCGCGCCCGCUGGCCUGCCAGCUGCUGAGCCUGGGCCACCUGGACCCCGCCGCGGCGCAGCUGGCGCUCGACAUGAUGUGGCGGCUCAAGGCGCACGGCGACGUGGUGGAGGUGCUGCUGAGCUGGGACGAGCCGCUGGGCGCGGCGGGCGCGGCGCGCGCGGGCGGCGCGUGGGGCGGCGUGGCGGCGCGCAAGCUGCUGGCGGCGGCGCGCGCGCACUCGCCCGGCGCCUUCCUCGCCGCCUACCACGCGCUGCUGGCGCGCAACGAGCGCGCGCGCGGCUCGCCGCACUUCCUCAACACUGAACAAUGCGACAUCUACAUAGAUUACUACCGACAGCUCACUUCAGAAUCGUAAAUGAAGGUUCAAGGGUCAAUCAUGACGUAACUUAUUUUUUAUCAGUUUUAAGGUAGGUAGGUAAAUUCUUUAUCUUCGUUUUUAGACAAUAAGUAUGUAAAUUAUUUUUAGAUAAUAUUAACUGUUAAUAUGUAGAUAAAUAAUGUAGAUAAUGUAAUGUAAGUAGGUAUUACUGUAUAUUUCCUAUGAAUAAAUGUUUACCAUUAAA